UGCCUGAAAGUCAUUUGUUUUCCUGAAUCGGGCUGACUGGAUUGGAUGGUCGGGGGUUCCGCCCACAAACACACAAGGUGGAGUUGAAAAGAAAAAAACAUGCUGGGCCAAAAUGAAGCUGUCAAACAACCGCCUACAAUUCAGUAAAAGACUCUUAGAGCAGUGGGAAACGGCGUAGACGCUCCUAUAACGGUGCCUCUAUGAUAAAGGGGAAACUCUGGCAAUGAUUGGAUAAAAUUAAAAACUUCUCAAUAAAUCACAUUUAAUGUUGAAUAUAUUUGAUUAAGCUGGAUAGUUGCACUAAAUUGGACAACCAAUGGCGCAACUUAUUUUAUAACUUUUCCUGAUAAAAUAUUCGGGCUGCAAACUUCGGUUGAAUAAGUGACAUGGUCGGCCUCGGGGAAGAAAAAAACAAUCGUCUUCGUUUGUGUUCAUAAACAAGGUUGUGACAUCGGAAAAAUGUGGUUGUGUCGGCGUAGCGAAAUGGUUGGAUGGAGAGAGAAGAGCUGCUGCGCGUUGAGUGGAGGGAGACGGCGAGUGAGAUGGAGGCGGGGGGAAGGACCAUCUCUGCGGGGACUGGAGCCCAGGACCGACGGCGCAGUGCUGGCUAUCGUUCAACCCUCCCUUUCUUCCUCCACAGCGACACCGAAGCUCACGUCGAGACAGAUCAAACACUGUGUACUCACAAAUGAAUGGAGAAAUGGAGGCAGCGACCCAAGACCAAGUAUGGGUGCAGGAGGACCUCCUAAAACUGUUGGAGGCCAUGAAAGUGGCCCUGCCUCAGAAAGACCUGACUAAAUACAAGACGUCAGAGUCCCACCUUGACUGGCAGAAGGUGGCCUUCAACUCUUACACCGCAGAGAUGUGUAAGCAGAAGUGGCAGGAAGUUUCUAAAGAGAUCCGUAAAUUCAGAACUCUCACAGAGCUGAUAUUUGAUGCUCAGGACUACAUAAAGAAUCCUUAUAAAGGAAAGAAAAUUAAGAAGCAUCCAGAUUUCCCCAAGAAGCCUUUGACUCCAUAUUUCCGUUUCUUCAUGGAAAAGAGGGCCAAAUACGCCAAGUUGCAUCCUGAAAUGAGCAACCUAGAUCUUACGAAAAUCCUCUCCAAGAAGUACAGGGAGCUGCCUGACAAAAAGAAGAAAAAAUAUGUUGAUGAUUUCCUACGAGAUAAGGAAUCAUUUGUGCAAAGCAUGAUGAAAUUCAGGGAAGAACAUCCAGACCUUAUGGAGAGCAUGACCAAGAAAGCUUCAAAUGUCCCUGAGAAGCCGAAAACGCCCCAACAGCUGUGGUACAACCAUGAAAAGAAGGCCUUCCUUAAGACACAUCCAGAUGCGACAACCAAAGACAUCAAAGACAGUCUUGGCAAACAGUGGACACAGCUGUCUGACAAAAAGAGGCUCAAAUGGAUCUCAAAGUCCCUGGAACAGCAGAAACUGUAUGAGGGAACAAUGCGAGAAUACAUUCAGCAGCACCCAGAGUUAAACAUGACACAGGAAAGUAUUGUCAAGUCCACUCUGACCAAGGCGGAGCGGCACCUGAAGGACAAGUCUGACGGUCGGCCCGACAAGCCUCCUCCAAACGGUUACUCGAUGUUCUGCGCGGAGCUGAUGUCGAGCAUGAAGGACGUUCCCAGCACAGAGCGUAUGGUGAUGUGCAGCCAACGGUGGAAGCUGCUGAAACAGGGCGAGAAGGACGCCUACCAGAAACGCUGCGAGCAGAGGAAGAAGGAAUAUGAGAUUGAGAUGAACAGAUUCCUUAGUACUUUACCAGAGCAGGAGCAACAGCGGAUCUUGGGUGAGGAGAAGGUUGGUUUUAAGAAGGGCAGUGGAUCCAGCAGUCCAGCCUCAAAAAAGAAAAACUCUAAAGCAAAGGUUAACCCAGAGAAACCCAAAAGGCCCAUUUCCGCCAUGUUCAUAUUCUCUGAGGAGAAGCGUCCCAAACUGCAGCAGGAGCGGCCGGACCUUUCUGACAGCGAGCUGACGAGACUCCUGGCACGCAAGUGGAACGAGCUGCCAGAUAAAAAGAAGGAAAAGUAUAAACGUUUAGAAGGGGUCCUGAAAGCAGAGUCGGAGAAGAAGGAGAAAGAGGAUCGAAGUCGUCUACCGGAUUCGCCCAAGAAUGCUCAGGAAAUCUGGCAGCAGAGUGUUAUAGGAGACUACCUGGCCAGAUUUAAGAAUGACCGGCCGAAGGCACAGAAAGCAAUGGAAACAGCCUGGAGCACCAUGGAGAAAAAGGAGAAGAUUAUGUGGAUCAAAAAGGCAGCAGAGGACCAGAAAAGAUAUGAGAGAGAUCUGUGUGAGAUGCGCUCUCCAGCUGCUGCCAUUGCCUCAGGGAAGAAGAUGAAGUUUGAGGGUGAACCCAAGAAACCACCAUCAAACGGAUAUCAAAAGUUCUCUCAGGAGAUGCUGUCCAAUGGAGAGCUGAAUCACCUCCCAAUGAAGGAGAGGAUGACUGAGAUUGGCAGCCGAUGGCAGAGGUUGCCAUUAAAGGAGAAGGAGCGCUAUAAGAAGAUUGCGGAGGAGAAGCAAAGACAGUACAAAGUCCUGCUGGAGCAGUGGCUUGCUAGCUUGUCUUCACAAGAAAGAAACACUUAUAAAGAAUAUAAUUCACAAAAAAGAAGAAACCCAGCGAAACCAGGAGGCCCCAAGGCAAAGGCCAAGAAAUCUGACACGGAGGAGGAAGAGGACGACGACGAUGAUGAUGACGAUGACGACGAGCAGAAGGCUUCCUCAGAGGCAGACUCUUCCAGUGAGGAAGACGAUGAAGAUGACGAUGAUGACGACGUGAGUGAGGGUGAUGAUGACGACGACGAUGAAGACGACGAUGAGGCAGAAGACAAAGAGAACAAAUCGGAGGACAGCAGCAGCGAGUCAAACUCCGGAGGGUCGUCAGACUCUGAUUCGGACUGAAACGCCAUCGCAAGACGAACUGAGCAGCGCUGAGCUGAGCCAAGAGUCCAGGGAGCUCUGCCACUGUGCCAACCCUGCUCUCUUCCUACCACCAGAGGGCGCCCCUGCAUUGCUUCAUCCAUCUCAUACACAAAUUUAGUUGCUGAACCCAAGGAGAAAACCUGCCCCCCUCCAAAAACAACAACAAAAAAAAAUAUAAUAAUAAUCUAAUUUCCUCCUGGGUGUCAAAGGUUUGCCCACUAAUAAUAUGCCAAAAACAACAUCCCACUGGUUUGGUGAUGUCAAACAUUUCUGCUCUGGAAUUUUUGAUCUUCAUUUGCAGGUUUAAUGGUUUCAGAUUAGUUUUAACAUGUAGGGAAAUUAUACAUCUCCUGGUGUUUUCUGAUUAUUAGUUGAAGACAGUUGGCGCGAGUUGUGAACAGGCUUUAUGAGCCAAAGAGUAGUACGGUGGAGAGAGACGGGGGAUAUUUGUGCGGGGCACUGAAAAAUUGCACUCUUCAGAAUGUUUCCUUUUAAUUUGUUUUUUUUUCCAGAAUAUUGAUUCUUUUUCUGUAUUCUCAAGCUAUGAUGUAGAUUUUAUGAUUUGGUUCUUACAGAGGUGGUAUUUUUUUCAGGAAAAAAAAUAAGAGUCAAGCCAUUAUGAAUGUCUUUUUGUUGCUGGAAAUUUUCAGAUUUUACUUACCCGUGUUCUCAUUCACAGACGGUGUCUUUAAAGUGUUUAUCUCCCAUGGAUUUGUCAUGGUUUAUUGUUUUACAUGUGAUUAAAGUGGAUGUAAAAAGCCCUUUUGACGCCAAUCUGUAUACAAUUCGGAGGUAUACUGCACAGUUUAUGGGGUAUUUGCUGUAAUUGUGAGUAAACCCGUUUGAGGUCAACGCAAAACUUGUUAAGUCACGUUACAAGGAAUCAUAUCUAAACACAAGCUAUUUUAAAAUUUACAGUGUUCUGGGCUUUUCACUUAAACCUGUCAUUUUCAAGUUAUUCUGUAAUCUGACUGGUAUGAAUUGUCAGUAAACAUGUUGAAAUUUAUUCAGAAUUUUCCUGAUGUUUUUACGACCUAUGAGAGCUUCCAGAUACAUAGUUAAUUCACUUUUAUAUGGGAGUUUGAUUCAAAUAAAUGUGCAAAGAUUGUAUCAAAAGCGGACUUACACCCACUCUUGUAUUCAAAAUGUGAAGGUUUUGUCGUCAACAUCCUUCCUAAGCGCUGCAGAAUCCAUUGUCUUGCAUCUGUUACUGGACUAACACGUCUCAUUGUGUCCAUCCAUCAGUCUCGAACAAUUCUGUUUGUCCCUGCUAUUUCAGCCGUUUGUGAUGAACCAGGACAGUUUGUCUUUUUUUUUUUUUUUUUUCUUGAAGUAUUUUAUUCGGUUUAUUUGCUGGUGAGGUUUGUUUUAAUUUUAAAGAUCUGAUCCAUCUGGAAUUGUGGAUGUUGAACAAAAUAGUUUCAUCCUUUUUUAAUUUUUUUUUUUUCCCCCCCCUCAAGUUUGUCUUGAAAUUUUAAUGGUUUUGGCUGUGAUCCAUAUGGGUUUUGUCAAAUACUUAUCCCUCCUUAAAAAUAUAGGAAAAAAAAAUGUGUGCACUUAAUGUAAAUCUGUUCCUCUGAGUUUGUGUGCAUACAUGCACACAACUGUGUAUAUAUGAGGAUGUGUGUGUGUGUGUUUUUGCUUUAAUGUGUGCUGUUUGCUGUUAUGUUGCAUACCAUGAUGUGACUGCAGCGUGCAUGUAUGUGCCUAUGAAGGGACAUCAACAAACACCAUGAAUGUAGAUGUUAUUCAGUUAUUUUUUUUUUCUCCAAAGGUCUUUGCUGUCAUUACCUGAAUAUGUACUAAUGACAAACCUUCCACAAUUGAUCUUUUGUGUUUCCAGAUGGAUUGAUUACAUGGCAACUGUUAUUGAUCUGUUAAAAAUGGAUGAUUUAGACCAUUAAGAAUCUCAUCAAAGACUGUAACAAAACCAGCGUGAACUAUUUAAAUAACUGGGGGAGGGAAAAGGAAGGUAGUUGCUUAUAUUGAUGGAUAAGAAUUUGUAAAAGGGAUUUGAAGAACCGACUUGCCAGAGGAUUUGGGGUUUAAGAAAAUGUAAUUUUUUCUGUAAAUACAGUUUUUGUAUUGAGUGCUUAUUGUUUUGUUAGUUCCUUCAUUUUGCAAACCCUCAUCUGUGAUUUCUGAGGCCAGUGAGUCUUUGGCUCACUGGGGAAAAUUCUCGGUUAAAUUCACCUGUUUUACUUGUUUCUUCUCCUUAAUGUUGGUUUAUAGAGAUAUCUAUGACAGCAAAGCUUUACAAGUUUGUACUGCUGAUCAUUUGACAGAAUUUGAUGUUUUAUAUAGCUGAGGGUGUUCUUAUGUCCUUGUAGUUCAAGUAUUUGGGCAAAUAAAGAAGUGAUCUUUAAGAUAAA